AUGUUCAAUACUCACUUCGCGACGGUCACUGCACUGCUCGUAACUCAGGCUGCUGCUGGAGGUCUCAACGUUCCGCUGCCAAAGAACAAUGUCUUCGACUAUAUCGUAGUAGGCGGCGGCCCAGCAGGUCUUACAGUCGCGAAUCGACUCAGCGAAAAUGCCAAUGUACAAGUCCUGCUACUGGAAUCUGGGGAGGCUGAUAACUACCCGGAAAGCAUCAUGAUCCCAUACUAUCAAGGUGCCGCAGGAUCUGUUAACGGGAAAUGCGGCGGGUUCAACUGGUGUGACCAAACUGUUGCACAAACCUACCUUGAUGGCGGCAGUAGAACCAUUCCACAGGGUAAAGGCUUAGGUGGUGGUACUCUGAUCAAUGCUAUGCUGUGGAAUCGUGGCGAUCAAGAAGAUUAUGACAUCUGGUCUCAACUCGGCAAUGACGGAUGGGACUACGGCUCGCUUCUCGAAUUCUUCCAAAGGGCAAACGAGGUCGCGACAACCUAUGGAAUGGGUUACGAUGCUUCUCAACAUGGCGAAUCUGGUCCGCAGAAUGUCAGCUUCCCUGCAUUCCAGUAUCCAGCUAGUCAACAUUUCUUUGCUGCAUUGAACCGCCUGGGUGUACCGACCCAGCCUGAUCCUGCCGCACCUACCGAAAAGGGCGCGAUGUACCUCCCUCAGGGCAUCUCUCAGACAAACCAGUCUCGCGCAGACGCUCGUCGCGCGCGUUGGGAUCCGGUCGCCGGUCGCGAGAACUUUUAUGUUUCCACUGGCCAACAUGUGCGUCGAAUCCUGUUUGAAGGCGGUUGUGCUACUUCUGGAGACAACGGUGCUAGAGCUGUAGGAGUCGAGGUGUCAGCUGGACGUGACGGCAGAGUCUGGACGGCUGUGGCUGCUCGUGAAGUCAUCCUCGCUGCCGGAGCGCUUCGCUCUCCUCAACUUCUUGAGUUGUCUGGCAUUGGUGAUAGUAAUGUUCUCGCCAAAGCUGGAGUACAAAGCCGCAUUAAUCUGCCUGGUGUUGGUAACAAUCUCCAAGAUCAUAUGCUGAUGCACAUGACACAAGGCUUCAAUAAUCAAAGCUACGUGUACCCGAACAUCAUGCAGAACGCGACCAUCAACAAUUGGGCCAGAUCAGCAUACUACGCGAAUCGUACUGGACCCUACACUUUCGGACCUCCUGAUGGCAAUGGCUUCUUUUCGCUUCCGCAAAUCUCUGACCGCGCUCAGGAGAUCGCUCAGAAUGCUUCUUCAUUCUCCGACAACGAUUAUCUCGCCGAUGGACUUGAUGAGAGCGUCGUUCGCGGCUACGCCCGUCAACGUGCUCUCCUCAUCCCUGCUCUCAACAACAGCAGACGCGCAGUCAUUGAGUUUUUGCAGGAUAACGCGGGUAACACACAGAUCAGUAACCAGCGCCCUUUUACGCGCGGUAACGUGCAUAUCAAUGGUACCGACCCUUUCAACUAUCCUACACUGGACUUCCGCUAUGGAAGCAACCCCAUUGACAUGGCCGUCAUGAUGGACUCGUUGCGUUUCAAUGACAAAUUGUUCCAGCAGCCCGAGCUAGAGGUCCUGGAGCCGGUUCAGAAGGAUCCACCUCACGCAGCUACCGAUGCCCAACUGCAAGAGUUCCUUAAUCGUGCCUUGGGUACUGAAUUCCACCCAUCUUGCACGGCUGCCAUGAUGCCUAGAGACGAUGGCGGUGUCGUUGACUCCAACCUGCUUGUCUACGGUACUCAGAACAUUCGUGUCGUGGACGCCAGCAUCUUCCCAAUCGUUCCUGCUGCUCACCUUGAGUCUGUCAUUUAUGCUGUUGCCGAGAAGGCCGCGGAUCUGAUCAAGAAGAACGGUGAGACAGGUAGUGUGCCGUACUUACCUUUGGACCAGAGCCAAUGUACUACCACACCACGAGGCAAUUCUAAGCGUGCAGAACGCAUCGACCAGUCUCAGGCUUACGAUUUAGCUUCAGCCUCAUCUUCUGCGGCUUCAUCUUCGUACUCCAGCUCCGAGUCUUACUCAGCAAACAACACCAUGUCUUAUGGCAGCUCGUCGAUGGACCUCACUGGUCCUUUGGGAGGAGGUCCUAUCGGUAUGGUCGGUGGAUACCCGGCAGUCGGCUAUCCCAACUACAAUCCCUCGGCCACCAACGGCUUCGACAUCAGCGCAUCUGAUCGCCCUGCCUCUGUCGGACUCCCGGUUGGUGCUGCACUGCAGUGGGCAGAUUGUCUCAUUCACGGCCUUGUUGUCGACCCUCUGGAAGGCUUAGUGGGCACUCUGGACGGCAUUCUGGAGGGCACAGGAGAAGUGCUGCAGAAUGCUACUGGCACCGUCCUAGGCAGUGUUGGUGAUGUUCUCAAUCACGCUGUCAAAGAUGAACCAUCAGGUCUUGCCGCUGGCAUAUUGGAUGGCGUUGGAGCGAAGAACGGAAGACGUUUUGUCGCUUGA